AGUCUGCCUGGUCUGCCUCAGAGCAUCAUUCAACGCCGGGUACUGAUUUUCCUGAAAUGCUGUCCAUUUCACUCCAUUUAACUCUACCUAAAGAUACUGGACAUUCACGGGUUAUAAUGCAAAUAUAUGAUUUGUGAUUUGUGACGCUAAUUCAUCUUUUUAAUCGCUCUCUCUUAAGUGGCAUGUGUUUCAUCGUUUCAGAUCUUCCGUGGGCACAGCGGGAUUGAUGCCCCUCAAGUUACCAUGGAGCUGCAUGAAUCAGUCACACACAAGAACGGGAGGCAGAGGAAGCCCGUUCUUCCUGCAGACGACAUGAGACAUCAGGAGGCGAAGUCCUCAGACAUGGACACUGAAGAGGAGGAUGCAUUGCUGUGGACUGAGGAAAAACACCCCAAGAAGGGCAUCAAAGAGGAGCUGGGAAGCGUCAUGCUGCUCCUUUUCCUUUAUGUCCUCCAGGGCAUCCCCUUAGGCUUAGCAGGCAGCAUUCCGCUCAUCAUGCAAGGCAAGAAUGUCAGCUACAAGGAUCAAGCUUAUUUCAGCUUUGUCUUCUGGCCCUUUAGUCUUAAGCUGCUAUGGGCUCCACUGGUUGAUGCUAUUUACCUCCCGAGUUUUGGACGCAGGAAGUCAUGGAUGGUUCCCACACAGUAUCUGCUGGGCAUCUUUAUGCUGUGUCUGUCUGUCACUGUGGACUCCUUGCUUGAGAGUGAUGAGCACAAAGGACCUGAUGUGAUCACGCUCACCGCAGUGUUCUUCAUGCUGGCAUUCUUAGCUGCCACCCAGGACAUAGCAGUGGAUGGCUGGGCACUAACUAUGCUGUCACGGGAAAAUGUGGGCUAUGCGUCCACCUGCAACUCAGUCGGCCAAACUGCGGGCUACUUCCUGGGUAAUGUGCUCUUCCUGGCCCUGGAGUCGGCUGACUUCUGCAACAAGUACCUGAGGUAUGAACCUCAGGAGAAGGGCAUCGUAACUCUCUCAGACUUCCUGUUUUUCUGGGGGAUUGUGUUUCUUGUGUCAACCACGCUUGUUGCCAUCCUAAAGAAGGAGAGUGAACCAAAGGUCCAUAAGAAAAAACAAAAACCAAGGGAGGAAAUACAGGGUGUCAUUGAAACAUACAAACAGCUGUUCUCAAUUGUGAAGAUGCCCACGGUGUUCACCUUCUGUGGUCUACUAUUGACUGCCAAGAUUGGCUUUUCAGCAGCAGACGCAGUGACAGGGCUGAAGCUGGUGGAAGCAGGCGUUCCCAAAGCUCAGCUGGCCCUGCUGGCGGUACCAAUGGUGCCCCUGCAAAUUAUGUUGCCCCUCAUCAUCAGCAAGUACACAGCUGGUCCCAGGCCUCUCGACAUCUUCUACAAGGCCUUCCCAUUCAGGUUGCUGAUUGGUUUAGAGUAUGCGCUCCUUGUAUGGUGGACCCCGAGUGUGAAACAGGAGGAGGGAUAUCCUGUUUACUACUACGCUGUGGUGUUGCUAAGCUAUGCUCUUCAUCAGGUGGCACUGUACAGCAUGUAUGUGGCUACCAUGGCCUUCCAUGCCAAGGUCAGUGAUCCAGUAAUUGGAGGCACUUACAUGACCUUGCUGAAUACUGUGACUAAUCUGGGGGGUAACUGGCCCUCCACCUUGGCCCUGUGGCUGGUGGACCCGCUGACCUCAAAGGAGUGCCAGGGAGCAGCCAGCCAGACCUGUGGCUCUCCAGAGGAGGCAGGGCUUUGUGUGAAGGAGGGUGGGACAUGUGUGACUGUGCUAGACGGAUACUAUGUGGAGUCAGUCGUGUGUGUUGUGAUCGGCCUCACCUGGUGGUUGUUAUUGGGCAAGAGGCUGAGACGGUUACAAGACGAAAGUCCACAGGCUUGGGAAUGUAAAUCAUCCAAAUGAAAAACCACAGCAACACCCAACAUUAUCCCCAUACUCUUAAGGGACACACUAUUAUCACGCUCCUCGGAGACCUCAUAAUGCCUUUUUGGUUUAUUUUGAUUCAUCCAAUGCAUACAUCUGACUACUGUUGAAAUUUGGACCAUAAGAAGAAAAGCUCCAGUGUCGAAUCCAGGUUAUGACUCCUUCUCAAGACAUAACUUGAAGACCUUUUCAAAGAUAUAUGACAGAGAUAUAUGAAGAUAUAUAAAUAGAGAUCUGCUCCACCAGUGACAUUUUCUGAAUUUUGUCACUUCAUUGUAUGUGCCUUUUUUUAUUUUGAGGUUCAUGAAAUUUCUGUGGGAUUACCACACACAACAGUCAUCCGUAGUUAUACAGCAUGGAUUUGUUUAGGUUCAGAACAGCUAACCUAAUUUUCAAUGUUUCCUGAUGCCAUUAUCAUACAGAGAAAAAAAAGCAGAAUAAAUUUGUGCAGUAAACUACAGUUGCUGCACAUUGGUUUCCCCACAAACACAUUGUAUUACAUUGCAACACGUGUAAUCAACAGAACAACUGAUAGUUUUGUGCUGGAGUAAUGAUACAGUGUGGUCAUGCAGAGCAUCGUUUAGGUGCUUAUAAAAUCAUCUGCUAAAUGGUGUACUAAUCUCACAAGGCUAUUUGAAUACUGAAAGUGCUCACAUGCACAAUACACUCAGGCUGUCAAAGAAACAUCUGUUUUAUAGUAUAUCCUUAAGACCAGCAAAAAGGGAAUCAGUUAUAGGUACAAGUUACUUUGUUUUUGUGAUUGGGCCUUUGGCUUUCUUUUCUAUUUGUUUUCUGGCUUUUUAAAAUACUACUGUUGACAUAUUUAUACAUUUUCACUCUCACAAAGACAUGUUUGCAGAGAAUUAUAGCCUAGACCUCAAUGUACAUCAAUUAAUCUUUCUUGAAUAUUUUCUUUAAAGCGAUUCCCAAAGCUUAUACAUGCCAGUGUAUUUCAAGCGAAUCCAAACUGAAUCAGAAACACUUGACCUGCUGUUGUCAGCUAAAUCACAAAUGUAUGUGAUUUACCAAAUAUGUCAUCAUAAGUAGGCCUAAUAGCCACAAACUGUAAUUUUAGUAGUCUGUAAUUUCAAGACGUUGUGUUUGUUUUAGAAAUGGUCAUUCCUUCCACUGGUAUUUUGACUUUAUAUCACUUCUAAUCUUUCCAUAGUCAGUGAUGAUUUUAUUUGUAGAAUACCCGGUGGUUUAUUGGGUCACUGAUAAUAAUCAGGGCAUGUGCAUUAUGCAUAUCUGUGAGCCGUUUAUAGUAAGUAACCAGAUGAAUUUCAGUCAUCUCAUAAUUUCAUGCCUUAAACACACUAAAAUGGGCCUACAUCUACUUUAUAUGUUUGUGUUUUUGACAUUUGUAAUGUUUUUUAUUUCAGCCUAUACACCAUGCAUGUCUGGUCAAUAUCCAUGUAAUCCACUCUUCCAUGAGCAUCUGGAAAAUCAGUCAGAAGAGACGACUAUGUUAUGUGGCAUUGUCCUGCAAAACAAUGCGGAAGAUUUUUAUACCAGCAUUUUUUAAAAGUGUAAUGCAAAAGAACUGAUGUAUAUAAUAUAUGUGCUGCAAUACAUUACUGUGCUACUGUA